CAAUCCCGCUCACAAUCUUUUCUUCCUUCUGUUUGCCACCUAUCGACUUUCUAUCCUUUUGAGCCGUAGCAAAAAUGGGUCUCGCCUCAAAAUUAGCUGCUUCCAGUGGCGCUCCGCCCGCGUCAUAUCCUGGCGGUCCUCCUGCACCACUCCAGGCAGGCCAACAGCCCAGACCAGCAUACCCCGGACAGCAACAGUACCAAGCGUACCCAGGAGGUGGACAACCAGCCCAGCAAGGCCCACCCGCUGCAUCAGGCCAACAGCAACCACCCCAGGGGCAAUACCCCCCUCCACAGGGCUAUCCACCACAAGGCCAAGGACAUCCACCACAAGGCUCACCUUAUCCCGGUGCGGCCCAGUAUGGUGCCCCUCCAGCCCCUCCAGCCCAACCCCCGACUCCCCAACAGCUCGGCGCUUAUAAACAGUUACUCCUGAAUACGAUCAACGAAAAGGGUCUGCAAAACAUAUACCCACCUAACUCACCGGUCCUCGAUCAGAUUGUUUCCAGAAUUACCAACCAGAUCGACCAGCUCUGCACUGCGUGGCGUGUUCCGCGAGAGGUCGGACAAGACAUCGUGAAGCUGGCUUUGUUCGAUGUUAUUUUAUACAUCGACGAUAGCGGCUCUAUGCAGUUUGAGGAGAAUGGGGAGCGUAUCAAGGAUCUCAAACUCAUCCUCUCCCGUGUUGCUUAUGCCGCCUCCCUGUUCGAUGAUGACGGUAUUCAAGUCCGCUUCAUGAAUUCUAACGAGCAAGGUGAUGGCAUUCGAAGCGAAGCGCAGGUUGAGGCCCUCAUUCAGCGUAUACAGUUCAAGGGUUUGACUCCGAUGGGAACUAGUUUGAGGAAUAAAGUCUUGGAACCUUUGGUUGUUGGGCCAGCUCGCGCCGGCCAACUUAGGAAGCCCGUUCUUAUCGUCACCAUCACCGACGGACAGCCUGCUGGGGAACCACAAGGUGCAGUAUUUGAUGCUAUCCGCUAUGCCAGCUCUGAAUUGCAGAACAAUCCUCGUUAUGGUCGUGGAGCAGUCUCUUUCCAGUUUGCUCAAGUGGGAAAUGAUCUAAAGGCCCGAGAAUUCCUUUCAAAACUUGAUGAAGAGCCUGGCAUUGGAGAAUUGGUUGACUGCACCUCCAAUUUUGAGGUAGAACAAGAUGAAAUGUCGCGCGCUAAUCCUCCCGUUGACUUGACCCCAGAUCUCUGGCUCGCCAAGAUGAUUCUCGGCGCAAUCGACUCAUCUUAUGAUACGAGGGACGAGAAGGCAAGCCGUCCAGGUGCGCCGCCUCAGGGAGCAUACGGAGCGCCACCCCAAGGACAAUAUGGCGCUCCACCACCAGGCCAAUACGGAGCUCCUCCACCGCAGCAAGCUUAUGCUCCUUAUUCACCACAGGGUGGUUAUGGACAACAACAGCAACCACCGCAGCCUCAACAAGGUUAUGGCCGGCCCCCUCAGGGCGGCUAUUCAACUCAAGGGGGAUACGGCGGCCCACCUCCACCACAGAGAUACUAGAUUCGUGUUUUGAGCCCCUUAACCAUAACACUUCUGCGAAGACUCAUAUUCGCGUCUCUGGUAUCCAUGGUUCUUGACUCCAUACCAUCGCCGUCAUCCUUUAAUGACUUUGCAAUGACCUUCAUAUUUACCAUGUUUGUAAUUGUGUUUUCCCCUUAUCCUUGUCACAUUAGCUAGCUACUUUGUGGGUGGACUCAACAAAAUGGUAUGAUCAUUCAUAUGGGGUAACUGAGGAAUGCAGCCAACAGUCCGGAUUGCCGCUGAACAU